AUGCCUCUUGAGGCAGCGAGGGGGACCCACCCAACUACUUUUGUCAGGGACAUUACGCAGCCUGAAGAGUUCAAAGUCUACACUGACUAUGAUGCUUAUGCACAUAGUACUGGUGAAGAUGAAAACAAGGUCAAUCUCGCUGAAGGGGAGGCUGAUUCCAUCACCGUUUCCGCAGGUAAUGACCAAAAUCCACCAAGCAUGCACCCUGCUGCAUCAGUUCUUGAAUAUGAUCAAGCUAAUACUUAUAACUACCUAUCAGGCCGUCUCCCACAGACAGCCGAUUCCCCCUUGAUCUCACCGACUCCUCCAACACCCACCUCAGGCCCCAGCACCCACGCACCGGCACAGCUACCUCUCCCACAAUUCCAACCUGCCAGCAUGCAAGUUGGAAACCCAACCCAAAUGCCAGCAACGCCAGCUCCAAUUCACCCACUGCCAAUUCCAUGGCAUCCACUUCACGAGACCAUCCCUGGCAUGACGCUGGGUUGGACAACGUGCAACACGGAUCAUCGAAGACACAAACGCUGCGACCACGGUCUGGACGGCAGAAUCGACCCUGUCUUGGCGGCUAUGCCGCACAAGGUGAUGGCUAAUCGCAAAAGCUGGCGUACGAAGAAGUCCAAGUGCACGAAGAUGGGUAGGAGUGAAGGCACGAGGCAAAAGGCAUUAUGA